AUGGUUGUGGUCAUUGGAAGUCAAUCAUCUCGGUUCCGAGGCAUCACUACAAGUGUUCUUCAGGUCACUGUCCUUGGCCCAACCGACUUAGCUGCUUUCAGUGACCUCCUCUUCAACAUGAAGUCAGAAAUGGGGAUGUUCACUGAUGAUUACACAGUGUUUAACAUUCCUCAGACUCUUGUCAACUGCCCCAAGUAUCAAUGGGGCAGUGUCACCAGUUUCUGUGGUGACUUGUACCUGAUUCAUCAAAUUAUUGCUGUUUGUGUAGCUGUACAACUGCAGACUGAAUUACUUUCCGGAAGUACUUGUGAAGUGGUGAGUUUAACGUCAUCCAUCUUGACCUGUGGUCAUCUCUUCUUUUUCUUCAGUACUACUUCAUUUGUUCUGAGCUGUGGAGGUACAGGAGGAAUUACUGAAUCCAGAAAAAGUCGAUAUCCACUCUGGCCGGAGUGGAAUGAAGCGGAUGUGAAUGCUGAGAAAUGGGACUUAGCCAAACCAAUUAAAGAAAAGGACAAAGCUGUAAAAAGUCCAAGUCUGCAAUUGUUUGAAGAUCCGGAGGGGAAGGUUGAACUGCCGCCAUCACUUAAAGUUUAUUCUUGGAAGCGUCCUUAUGAAUUUAUCCUAGAGAAGCUUCCUGUUAUUGUUGCGAGAGAGUCCUCAUUCGAUCUAAUGACAGCUAAUGAACAUAUUUUGAAGAGUGAGAUGAUGCGAUGGAUUAUCAGUGAAAUCAUAAUGCUAUGGCACACCUGCCAGGACACUAAGUUAAAUGAUAAGAGCUUGCUGGAGGCAAUGGGAUCUCCCUGGAAACCUUGGGAGCACAUAUAUGCCCUUUGUAAGGCUUCAAAAGGACACACACCUCUUUACAACAGUUAUGGAAAGUAUGUAGUGAAGCUGUACUGGAUGGGGUGUUGGCGCAAGAUCACAGUGGAUGAUACUAUGCCCUUCGACAAAAAUGAUAAACUGCUGCUUCCAUCUUCAACCUGCCUGGGCGAGCUUUGGCCAAUGUUGCUGUCGAAAGCUCUCAUAAAGCUUGCAAGCAUUGACAUGAGUAAUACAGGAAAAAAAGAACUGGGGGAGUUCACAGUUUUGCACGCUCUGACAGGCUGGCAUCCCGAGAUCAUCCCACUCCGAUCUGAGCAGUCUGAGAGAAUCUGGUCCUUUCUGAAGACACUUCUCCCAGAGUUCACUUUUGCAAAUGAGGAACCUGUUGUGGCCAAAGUGCCUUCAACAGAAUCAAUACAAAAAAUUGGGAAGGAAAAUGAAGAUAUUGUGGAAGUUGUCAGCAGCAAACCAAUUGAAAAAGUAAGCAAAGAAAAAGCAGAAUCAAAAGAUAUUGGGAAGAAAAAGAAUAAGGAAGCUGAAUACAAUAAAGAUAAAAGCAGAACACUGAUUCAACGACCACAGUCUGUCUCUCAAAGUGUUUCACAAAUUCUUACAGAGAGUCUUCCUCCACCAGUGAUGCCACGGAUGAUGAUCUAUGCUACCUACUUCCCACUACAGCUGUCGGAAAGGAAGAUUUCUUUACUUGGGCAAAUGGCUGAUUCCUCAGAGAAGUUGCGACACUAUGGACUUUCUCAUGCGCAUAGCCACCCAGUAAUGGUUACUAGGACUAGGUCGUGUCCCCUCAUAAACCCUCCAGAAACAACACCAGUUCCACGAUGGAAGCUCAUCCGACCACGAAAUCGUGCUCUUCCAAUAGCUGAUCCAAAAGAGACCAAAGUAAAGAAACCUGAUCAAUUUAUUGAAAUCUCAAGCCCAUUGGUUAACUACAAGAUAGACACUACAAUCAUGCCACCAGAGAGAAAUGACCAAGUGCCCUUGAUUAAAAAAGCUGUGAACAUUAGCUUGGCAGCUGUCAGUGAAAACGAUGAGGCACUCGAUCAGAAUGAUGAUGAAGAACAAAAGGUUCUGGAGUCACCAUUCUUUGCAGAGGAAAUCCAACUGGAAUUGAUAAAAUCAGAUGCUCUCUUUUCAGUGGACACCCAGGAAAGACCACUUGAGUCCAUAAAAUCAGGUGGACAGCAUUCAAUAACUUCUCAUGGUACUAAAAGUCAGCAUGGCAGCAAUACAAGUCGGCAUGGCAGUGUAUUUGAACAUAAAAAAGAAAUUGAUUCCACAAAAGCAAGUGGUCUGCUUUCAUCAGUGUCUCAUGGUGCUAAAAGUCAGCAUAGUAAUAUAGCAGAACACAAGGAAGAUACUUUGUAUGUUCGACCCCCACUGGAGAGUUUAAUUGAAGAUAGCACAUCCACCUAUCCCAUUGGAAGCAACCAGUUAUCGCAGAGUUUCGGCUUAAUGAUAAACGCAGAUCAUGAUUUUAAUGAACCAUUAGAGUACAGAGUCAGCUGCACGGAAAAUUGGAUUGAUUAUGAAGACUUUUUCAACUGUUUCCAGAAAUUGAUCAUUUUCCAUAACCCAAGUAAAUACACAUAUUCGUUGCAAAAAUCAUGCUUAAAGUCCACAGAUGAUCGAGGACCAUACUAUCUACAUGUGGACCACAUGAAGCCAGUAGAAAUGUUGGUUACUUUCUCUGCAUUGGUACGCUGGGAUAAUAUCAGCUGUGAGAAGAACCUUAACAAAGGAAACAAUGACAAAGAUAACGUGAAGGAAUUCUCAGGCCUUCCGUCAGGCAUGCUCAUCGCUGAGUCAUACUCUUGGAAGAGUCUUGCUUUGAACCCCCCAAUUCUAUACAUCAGAACUGUGGCUACAAAAUCAACCAUCUUGGAGCUACCUUGUGGGCGCCAUGUGAUUCGGUUUACUGCCACUUCUCCUCUUGGACACAAUAUCAACAUAAGUAGUACAGUGCCAUUUAUCUUUGGUGAUGAAGAUACGGUUUUAGUACACCUUAGCAAGGAUAGCCUGCGAUUUAUGCAGCAUGCUACCCGCAUUAUUAAAGCAAUUGAAAAUGCCAUAUGUAACUUCAAUGAUGAGCAAGAGCAUCGCAAAACUUCACUGGAACUUCAACAUUGUCAUUUUCCAUUCCCAUUUGACGAUGCUAGUCUGGCUGAGGAGCAAACUAAGGUCUUCAACACUGCUGUUUACGCCACCGUUGCACACGCCCUUGAUGCUUGCCCAAGUACUGAAGACUAUUUUGCUCUUAGAACACUCUUAGUUGAUAGCUCUCCAAAGCAGCUUAGGAUCGAAGAGAGAUCUUGCAUAAGUUCUGUUUCUGAAGUGCCUGAAUCAUGGAAAGAGAGGACCCCAACUAAACAGGAAGAUGUAGCUGCCAGCAGAAUACAGACUUGGUGGAGAGGUCUGGUCAUUGGUGAACUCAGGUUUGCAAGCAAGAUAGGGUCAAAACAACACAAUUAUGUCAAAACUAUCCUGCAGGAAAUUUGGAAUUUACUGGAAUCAGACGUAGAGAAUAAUGCCUCGUACUUACUUAGGUACAUGCUUAAUUUAAGUCCAAAACUGGCAAAACUGUAUCCAUUUUAUGAAGAUGAAUGGUGUCGAACAGUAUAUGCAGAUUACACAACCACAUACAAUGAUCAGCCUCCCAAUUCCUGGUUUGUGGUAUUCAGAGAGGUGUUUAAUAUCCCUAAAGACAUGCUGAUUGUGCCAAAGAUUUACUCUGCACUGACCACUUGCGUUCUUCAUGUGGUCAAUAAUGAUACAGGAGAAGAAAUACCCAGGGUUUUUCAAAAAGUAGCUCCUUAUACAUAUAAAAAAAAUUUGAACGGCUAUACAUUCACAGCUGAAGCCCAGACAGGGAGUUUCCCAGUUCCCAGUGGUAAAUGGAGAUUACGUUUGUUUGGCUCCAGGCAUCCUCUUCCUGUUCUGGCAAAUGAAACUGUCAACAGCAGCUUUUCAAUAAAGGAGAUUAAGUCCUACUACAUUCCAAAUGACAAAAACAUCAUCUUCAGAUUCCAGGUCAAUGUGUAUAUAACUCAUCAAGCUACACUCCAUGUACAAACCUCCAAACCAGAUGUAUACAUCGAGCUACAAAUCCUAAACAGAAGUAGAGAGGUAGCCAAAGCAACUGGAAAAGGCCAUGCUAUAAUCCCUUCAUUCCUGUUUGCCUCAGGUACAGAACGUUCUACUACUUACGUACCUUCACGUAAACCUUCUGAUGUUCCUAAUAUUUUGGGAAUUUCCAAGAAGUUGGGAACCACUCCAAGUAACAAGACUGCAAGGAGUUCUGCUAAGGCAACAAGUGAACAAAAAUCACCCGUAUUAUUAGAUGAGAACACACUUCCUAUGGAUAUAGAACAAUCAUUGACAAAAGUGGUUCACAAAUACAUUAUUCAAGCAUCAAUUCUUUACAGAAGCUGGCCACUAACUGAAAGUGAAUUAGCUUUUGCUGAAUCGCAGAAGGAUAUGGACAUCGAACUUGCAGAGAGGACUAUUGAUUCUACUUUUCCUGACACUGAAGAGAUAAAGCCCCAAACAGCCAAACAUAGCAGGAAAGGAAAGGAGAAGGAUAAAGGAGGGAAAGAGAAAAGUGCACCAUCCAAGCCAGAGAUUCCGGUGCAGCAAAUUGAUUUAACAAAACCUCACUUUACACUUCAUUAUGUCACUGAGUAUGGUGAAAGUGAUUGUUUUGACAUCAAGAAAGACACCGAACGACAAGAUGAAAUUCAGGCUAUGAAACGAGCUUGGGAAGCUGCAGAACCUGGAAGGGCUUUCAAAGCCUUACAACUCCGACUGCAUAUCAUGAAUUACAAAACAAUAGAUAAUACAUUGCUAAGUACUGCUGGGAAAGAAGGCGAAAAUAUCAGUGAGGUUCCUUCUGAAAGCGAUACCAAUGAUGCAGCAACACAGGAGAUGCAAUCCGCAGAUCAGUCUCAGGUUUUAGAAGAAAGUCAAUACACAGAUGUUGACAAACCUUUACAAGAUCGCUCAGUUGUAGAGGAGAAGUGGACACGUUUUGUAAGGACUACACGACCUGUUCCAGUUCUCCUGGAUGAACACAUUUUUGAAGAACAGGGGAAGAGUAAGGCAGAAGAAAUUCGCAAGUUCCGCCAAAGGCGAGAGAUGAUCCUCGAACAGCGAGAGAAAGAAAGGCAGGCUCGCCAUCAGCUGAAGACACAGCAACUGCAAAUGUGUGAGGCUUUGCAGGAAGCCUUGGAUGAAGCUCGAAACAACAUCUACCAACUCAGAGAGUCAUACAGAAAUAAACUUAUCGAGGAAGAAUUGAAGCAAAGAGAAAUUGCAGCAAUGGAAGUAGCUCUCCGAGCAGAGCAAGAGAGAAAGCCCGGGAGCUCCACGAGUAAAAUACCUAAGAGCUCAGGAAAGCGAAAGUAAAACUGUAACAUGACAUAUCAUUUCCAAAGUUUUAGAUUGUAUUUUUAAUCACAUUUUAUUGCAAUGUCCUCCAGUCAUUUAGUGUUUUUAACCAUAUCUCCAAAUUUAUUUCCAAAGUUUCAUGCUUUAUUUUUAACUAAAAUGUUAACUAAUUUCUUUUGAUCAAGUUCCGAAUAGGUAGUCUUUAAAGUAAAAACUCAAAAAUACAAUUUAUUUCUUUUCCAUUUCUGGUUGGCCUACUCUGUUUCCAUUUUUUUUGUUUUGGAUCUGCAGCAGUGAUUCAUGUAGGUCCUUUACUUUGGCAUUUCCUUGUGAUUCAAAUCUGAAUCACACUUAUUAAAUAUUUUUCUCUUGUAGCAGAGGUAUGUUUAAGGGGAAGCUAAAUAAAUAUGAGGUAGUAAAGAAUCAGAAGGAUUUGCUGAUUGUGUGAUUGGUUAAAAGAGAAAAAGGUUUGUAGAGAGCAUAAACAUCAGCAUAGCCAUGUGGGCCGAAUGGCCUGCCAACAUUGUCACAGGCAAGCUUGGCACCUGAUUAACAGUGCUGGCUGCUGUCUGGGGACCAGGUACUUAUUCUAGCAUGCAACGCUGCAAGACAGAUUCUAGCCAUUGCUGAGUUUAACAUUGGAAUUUAAUUGGAUUUAAUUUAAUUAAAUUUAAUAUAAUUUAAUUGGAAUUAACAGCAAAUUGGAACAGGCAGGAGAGCAAAAGACCACCAGUGACCCUCUCUGCUUAAGCAAAAGCAAUUUUGAGCACCUCAUUUUAAACGAAACUUUACUAUCAGUAGUCUAAUAUCGCAGCAUUACGGCUCACCACAGUGCUGUUUGUUCUUGUCAUUUGCUGCUUUGAAAAUUGCCCCGGUUCUCUCCCUCCACUGAAUAACCUCAUCAACAAGCUUAACAAUUAAUUGGAGGUGACUGAGUUGCUGGCUUUGUGACCAUCCUUUGUGAAAAUCACCACGCAUUCCAGAGGCAUCAAAAGAUUAGCACCAAAACCAAGAGUGGCCAUACCAGACCUCAGCUGCCUGGGUGUUAGAAAAUCCUGCCCCAACUUCAGAGAUAUCUUCACAUGCUGGAGGCAGCCAUGGUGUCUACUAUGAUGACUGAGGAAAAAUGAAAGAAAUAUUGGGUUGAUGGACUCAGGAAAUACAUCUCUAGAUUGGUGGUUGCUGGAGUUCUUGAGAAGCCCCUCCAGCUGGCAACUUAGUCUGGAAGCCUAAGCAUCUGAUUGAUGUUGUUCAUCCCAUAAUUAGAAUUACAGAAUCGUUAAAGCACAGAAGGUGGCCAUAUAGCCCAUCAUUUCUGUCUGUUCACUGUAGGAGCUCCCCAGCUAAUGCUACUACUGCCUUUUCCUUCUUUUCUCUUCAGUUAACUUUCAAAUUCUCUUUAGAGGGCCACAAUUGAAUCUGCCUCAUGUGUAAUGUAUUUGAGAUCCUAACUGCAUAAAAGGAUUUUCUUUAUGUUGUUCUGGAUAUUUUUUUGCAAAUUAUCUUAUAUUUGUGUCCUCUCGUUCACAACCAUUCCCCAAUGGGAACACUUUCUCCCUAUCUACACGAUCUACACCUUCAUGAUUUUGAACAACUCUAUCAAAACUGCUCUCAAUAUUUAACUGCAAUUGGGAAAUCAGUCCUGUUCCAGCAGUUUAUGGCAGUAACUCGAAGCUCAACAUCAUCCAGGAAAAAGCAGACCAGAUCCACCACCUUAAACAUUCAUUGCUUCCACCACAUAUACACAGUAGCAGCAAAGUAUAUGAUCUACCGGGUGAACAACAGGAAAUCACCAAGGCUCUUAGACAGCACCUUCCAAACCCAUGACCUGCAUCAUCUGGAAAGACAAAGGUAGCAGAUACAUGGGAGCACCAAGCUGUACUCCAUUGUGUGUUGGGACUGUGUCACUGUUGCUUCAUGCUAGGUGAAAACUUGCAACCCCCUGCCCAACACCACUGAGUAUAUACUUGAUCUGUAUCAGUUUAAGGAAAUGGUUCAUCACUACCUUCAGAAGGACAAGAUUAAAAAUCAUACA